AAACUAUUUCUGAAAUAAAAUGGGGUUUAACGUCUUACUGUUCAACACCGACUGGGCCAAUGAAGAUGGAUAUACGCCAUUCAGUGUGCUAUACAUAUUACUGAAGCAACGACUGUGAGUUUUACAACACCUUGAUAAGAUGUACGGACUACGGAGUUAAAGAAGUGGAGGAAAACUAGAUGUUUGCUCAACGAAGAUGACAGAAUUAACCAACAACAGUGAUAAUAAAUUAGAAAACUGGUGUAGUGAAUGCGAGUCGGGUUUUCCAGACCACUGCCCAGCACAUGGUGUAUUCAAUGUUAUAAGGGACAACAAACCACCAAAUAAAGCUUAUUACACGCUCCCUGACGAACUUACAAUAAAACCUGCCGAUAAGACCAGUAUAGGUAAAUGUAUCAACGGUGUUUUCAGUAAGAUGGCGAUAAAACCCAGGACUCAGUUCGGACCUGUAGAGGCUCCUCGAUAUCCUGAAUCUAAACGUAAAGACAAGGCUGAUAAAUUUCAACUAAAGGUGGUGGACAAGAACAAGGUCUUCAACUUACGUUUAAAGGAUGAACGAGUGUGUAACUGGAUGAUGUUUAUACGACCGGCUUGUAGUCUCGAACAGCAGAAUAUGGUUGCCAUACUACACAAUAAUAACAUUUACUAUAUCACGAUAAAGCCUAUCACAAGUAAUAGUGAACUAAGAGUUUGGUAUUCGAGAAGUUAUAGUGAAAAGAUUAGUAAAAAUCUAUUAGUAGAAGCCAACAGCUCAACAGGAUCUGUCUGCGAUAAUUUGCCUAUAUUCUUCACAGAGAUCGACAAAAAGAUGUUACUGGAUGACCAGGGGAAUGACGCCGAUCAUUUGGGUGACAUCGCAGUUGAAGUUAAUAACGACGGUGAUGAUGGUAACGACGAAGAUUAUUCAGUUGAAGAUGUUCCGAAAUCGCGUAGCCGUGAAACUAGACACAGAAAGGAAGUUUUAUUUGAAGACCCUGGCGAAAAAACACGUGAAUUCGGUAAACGCAAAAGUAAGCGACGAAUACGGCCGAAAAUCGUCGCGUCUAUGGAAGAGGAAGAAGACACUAAAAUUAAGACAAAAAUUUCUAAACCCAAAAUAAAAUCACCAAGGAAGGUUCGGUAUGUUUGUCAAAUUUGUGAACAAGGUUUUCGGCGUGAGGAUGCCUUCCGUGUACAUGUGGCGUCUCAUAGCGGAACUAUGCCUUUUCUCUGUGAUUUUGAAGGUUGCAACAAAGGUUUUAAAAACAAGUUUCUUUACAUCCGACAUCAGGUCGUCCAUCAAGAUAUAUUAAAAGUUCGAUGUCCUUACUGCGAUAAAACGUUCCGUCGCAAAGACCAUUUAAAGAAUCAUUUGUUGAUCCACGAUCUGAACCGAACCACGUGGGAUUGCGAAAUUUGUGAUAAAUCGUAUAUUCGCGAGGAAAGUUUCAAAUUCCACCAAGCAAUGCACCAGGCUACGGACACAGAUAGUCUGAAUUGUUUUAUUUGUGAUGAGUGUUUCAAAACUAAGACGGACCUCAUCUCGCAUUUAAAAGAUGUGCAUAACAGGUAUCAGUCGAUAACCGGAAAGGCUCGAACAUUAAAAUGCCCGGAAUGCGAUAAAAUGUUUUUGUGCAAUAAAGAUGUAAAGAGACACAUGGUUGUCCAUACGAAACGUAAAGACUAUUUGUGCGAAUUUUGUUCUCAGGUUUUCGGCCGAAAGGAUCACCUUUCCCGACAUUACAAAUGUGCCCAUCCAAACGGAGCUGCGUCAAAAGUCAAAACACCUAAACAAGUGAAGAACUCGGUGAAAUCAGCUUUAAAAAAUAGACAAACCAACUCGGAAAAGGCAGACGACAAGGUGGAUCAUGAUUUUGUAUUUAACAUAUCCGCGAGAGAUGGACCGGAUCAAUCGGACAACUCUAUCUUGCAGAUACCGCACCAAGAAACACACCACGGUCGUUUCAUCCCUCCGAGUUAUGAGGAUGUGACGAGUCGACCCCAGAACCCUCCCACAAGAGCUCAGAUUCUUCAGCAAACAGAUAGCUUGUCAAAUUCUUUAGCUAAUAUCGCAGACUACUCAUCACAGGGCGUGGCUGGUUUGUUGACUGGAAGACUCUAUACACAGCCAUCUCCUGCUAUAUUAAGCUCGAACAACCAGGCUUACAACAAUUCACAGUUUUCCAUUCCUGAUGGUAGAAAUUUUGAUACUGACCAUUCUUAUAUGUUGAACUCCGGUCGUUCAUUUAUGGGACAGACUGUUUCCAAUGUGGUCCCAUCGAUAAAGACCCCCGAGUUGGUCUGGAACUCAGAAGAAAUGAAAAAACGGGAAUACGAGACUGCUAGCUAUUUACAAAGUUUUGCCAGUGGGUCUGCCCUGAAUAAUGCUAUGCCCUUAACGUCAUCCGGGCAAACGGGACACUUAUCGUGGGAUCCCAUAAAUAAUAUGAAUUACGUGCCAGUUUUACAGCAGCUUAGUGUCAGCUCCACCAACCAGCCUACACAUAACAUGACUAACAUCACAUGACAAGAAACAUGGCAAGAUAAGCACCACACGACACGAUGACGUCGCUUAACAUGAUGACAUUACUACAUGUACACGACCACAUGACACUAUAUCAAUACUAGUUACAUCAAAUAACAUGAUAGAGAGAGAGAGAGAGAGAAAUGGGGUUUAACGUCCACUCGACACAAACUAGGUCAUUUCGGGACUAACAUAUGGUUCAAUUUUAUUUCAAUAAUUCGCUUGCGCCUAGGGGUCUUUAGCAGUGGGAGGAAACCGCAGGACCCAGAGAAAACCCACAAGGUUAAAGGUUAGACAGGUGACCCUAUUCUUUGUCACGUACAACCGGUGAAUCCAAACCACGCUCGUUGACUCAAUGACAGACCUUAUGAUGCAGCGCGCACUCGCUAACCAUUCAGCCCCCCCCCCAAAAUGACAUGAUAGUAUUACUCGUAAGGUCAUAUCACAUGAUACGAAAGUAGUUAUAUCGCUUAACAAGAAAAGAACAAUAUUAGUUUAUCACAUAACAUGAAAACACCAUUAGUUAUAUCAUAUGGCAUGGAAAUUAUAUCACAUGACAUGAAAACAAUAAUAGUUAUAUCGCAUGACAUGAAAACAACAAUAGUUUUGAAACGACAUGAAAACAACAAUAGUUUAUUUCACAUGGCAUGAAAACAACAAUAGCCAUAUCACAGCACAUGACAUGAAAACAACAACAGUUUUGAAACGAAAUGAAAACAACAAUAGUUAUUUCACACGACAUGAAAACAACAGCACAUGACAUGAAAACAACAACUGUUAUAACCGAUUAGGAUUACCCGAGAAUUUUAUAAAAUCAGAAUCUCUGAGACAAUAUUUCUGCUUAUUAAGGUGGAGUGGGACCAAAACGUCUGAAAUACUUCGCAUUUUAUUUGUCCGACGUUAUCUGGAGCCACGCCCGUGCUAGUUGUAGUUCUACGGAAGACACCGCUUGCUUUAUUAGUUACUCUAUUAGAUUAUCGGCAUUGGUGUAGAUUUAUUUUAAGAGCCUUCAAACAUCUAGAUUUUAUACGAGGUGUAUCAAUUAUCUUACAUUUAUUAAAAUAUUUUAAUAUGAAGGCAUUAUAUUUUAUCAAAUUAAUUAAAAUGAUAUGAAAGAAGGCACAAGAAAGAUCAGACAAGAAGCGAAGCAGCCAUGGUGUCAUGCAGUUGCAUCCCUUGCAGUUCACACAAACUUUGCUAACGGUUCAUUUGACUUAGCACCAAGAUUCUUGGUUUUGAUAGACAGUGAUAAACCAAAUAAAAGUUUAUAUAUUUA